AAAGCCAAUGAGUUCUUGCUAAAAGUUUCACUAAGAACUGUAUAUAUAACCAUGAUGAGAAUGGCUAGUUUCACGGUGGCUCUGAUGGUGAUAGCAGCGACAAUAGCUAUUCGAGUUGAUGGACAUGAGUUUUCCCAUCACCAGGAAGUUAAAAUCCUUAGACAUUUGAAGCGACUCAACAAGCCUGCUGUUAAAUCCAUUAAGAGUGAAGAUGGAGAUGUAAUAGAUUGUGUUCCUAUUACCAACCAGCCGGCUUUUGAUCAUCCUUUACUUAAACACCAUACCAUGCAGAUGAGACCGAGUUUCAUCCCUGAAAGUGAUUCAACGUACAUCAACGAAGAGACAAAGACUAUAAAUCAGGUUUGGCACAAGGCUGGAGAGUGUCCUGAUAACACUGUUCCCAUCAGAAGAACAAAGAAAGAAGAUCUCUUAAGACCUAAAUCCAUGAAGAGAUUUGGGAGAAAGCCUCAUCAUAGCAUCCCACGAACUACAACCUUUGAUCCAACAAAAGGUCAUCAGUACGCGAUAAUGGGUGCGAGGAACGGAAAGUUUUAUGGGACAGAAGUUGUUAUAAAUUUGUGGAAACCAUAUGUCCAAGUUCCCGACGAGUUUAGCUUGGCUCAGACUUGGAUUGUUUCUGGAUCUGGCUCUAGUCUUAACACCAUUGAAGCCGGUUGGCAGGUUUAUCCAGAACUAUAUGAUGAUAACAGACCUAGAUUCUUUGUUUACUGGACGCGUGAUGGAUAUCGAAGAACCGGGUGCUACAACCUUCUCUGCUCAGGUUUUGUUCAGACAAGUAAUCGAUAUUCAGUAGGUGGAGCUUACAACAUCGUGUCACGCUACGGUGGAACUCAGUACGACAUCUCUAUACUUAUAUGGAAGGACCGAAAAACAGGAAACUGGUGGCUAAGGGUUGGCAAAGACAUCAUAGGUUACUGGCCUGGCAAGUUGUUCACUUCGCUAGGAAAUGGAGCUACGAGAGUUGAAUGGGGAGGUGAAAUCGUUAACUUAAAGACUGGUGGGAAACACACGAGCACGGACAUGGGAAGUGGGCAUUUUGCAGAUGAAGGUUACAAGAAAGCAAGCUAUGUCAGGAACCUUAAGAUAGUUGAUGGAACUAAUACUCUGAGAGAACCAAAGAGUCUUUACUACUUUGCUGAUAAACACAACUGUUACAAUGUGAAGACAGGAAAUGCUGGGACUUCUUGGGGGAUUCAUUUCUUCUAUGGUGGUCCAGGUCGUAACGUUAAGUGUCCUUGAUUUACAUAUGUGUUCAAAAGCUUUUGUGGAUUUCACAUUUCUAUAUUUAAAUAAGAUUAUGUUAAUUUGCUGGUGUGUGUAUGUGAGUGUGCUUAUGAUAAUAAAGAUAAAAACAAGUCAUUGAAGAAAAA